AUGGCCACUGAAUCAUUAGAUCUAUUAUCUAAAAGCACUGGAUAUGGUGUCCUCAUUGGAGUGGGUGCUGCUUUUGCAAUAUUCAUUGUCAUUUCCACGAAAUUGUCAAAUAAAUACCUCUCAGAAAACUCUCAAUCCACAGAAAUGUUCAUGGUGGCUAAUAGAUCAGUUGGUGUUGGUUUGACUGGAAAUGCUGUUUAUUCAUCAUGGACGUGGGCCACCGCGCUACUGUGGUGUGUCACUAUGGUUUAUCUAUAUGGGGUACAGUCUGCUUUCUGGUAUUGUGCUGGUUCAUCAAUCCAAAUCUGUAUCAUGAGUGUUUUGGGUAUUGAAGCUAAAAAGAAAAUUCCAACAAGUCAUACAUGUUUGGAGAUUGUUCAAUUAAGAUAUGGAAGAACGGGGCAUUUACUAUACAUGGUUCUUUGUUUGAUUAAUAAUUUGGUGUCUGCAAGUUCCAUGAUCUUGGGUGCUUCUGGUGCAAUCAGUGCUAUUUGUGACAAUCUUCAUAUCGUGGCUUGUACUUUAUUGAUCCCAUUCGGUGUAUUGUUAUAUACAGCGGUUGGUGGAUUAAAAUCAACUUUUUUGACAGAUUAUGUCCAUUCAUUCAUCCUUUUAAUUGUGAUGUGUUAUAUUUGCACUGCAGCUUUGACAAAUGAAAAUAUUGGAGGUUUGGAUGGUUUAUAUGAUAAAUUGGUUGCUAAAGAAGCUGCAGGUGAGCUAAGAUACAUUGAAGGUAACUAUAAGGGCUCUUUCAUCACUGGUAAAUCACAAGGUGCAGUAUUUUUUGGACUGAUUCAUAGUAUUGGUGAUACUGGGUUGACCGUUAUGGAUUCUUCAUUUUGGCAAAAAUCUUUCAGUGCUGAUGUCAGAGCUACUGUUCCUGGUUAUUUAAUUGCUGCUGUACUAAUUUAUGCGAACUAUUGGGCUCUUGGUAUGGUUUUAGGUAUUGGUAAUGUUAUUUUGGAAGAUUCGCCUAUUUUCCCAACAUAUCCAAAUAAAAUGACCACAUAUGAAGUUAAUUCUGGAUUCGGUUUGAUUUACACAUUGAAGGCAUUACUAGGUAAACAAGCACUUGGUGGAUUUUUUCUUGUUUUGUAUCUUGGUGUUACUUCUACCGUUAGUGCUCAGUUGAUUUCAGUCAGCUCCAUCAUUAGUUUUGAUGUUUAUAGAAAUUAUAUCAAUCCAAAGGCAACAAACAAGCAAUUGAUCAAUGUUUCACAUUUAGGGGUCAUCUUUUUCGGUUUAUUAUCAGCUGGAUUCUCAAUCAUGUUGCAUUAUGUUGGUGUUGAUAUGACAUGGUUUAGUUAUUUCUAUUCAAUGCUGAAUACUCCAGGUGUUAUCCCAAUGAUUUUCUUGAUUACAUGGAAACAUCAAUCAAAAGCUGCAUUCAUCAUCAGUCCUAUAUUGGGUAUCAUCGCAGGCUUAGCUGUUUGGACAGGAACUGCAUACGCACUUUAUGGAUCGGUUACUAUUAAAACUACUGGUGAACAAUUGCCAUGCUUGUAUGGUGGGUUAACAGCCUUGUUGCUUCCAGGUGUCGCUUCAGUUAUUAUAAGUUUGAUUAAACCUGCAAAUUAUGACUGGAAUAAAUUGACAAGUCAGAGUAAUUUGAUCUCUGUGAAUGAUGAUGAAGAUGAUGGUAGUACCACCAAAGACAACAACACAAGUGAAGGAUCAUUGAAAGAAAAACAAGAAACAACGCUAGCAAGCAAUGAAAUCGAGUCUGUUGAUAUCAAGGACGGAAAAGUGAUGAGUAGAUAUACAAAAUUAGCUUAUGGAUCUACAAUCUUUGUUACUUUAGUUACCUGGGUUGUUUGGCCAUUACCUUUAUAUCGUGAUUAUGUCUGGUCAAAGGCUUUUUUUAAGGGCAAUGUUGUUAUGGGGUUUGUCUGGUUAUAUGCUGCUUUAGUUGUUAUUGGUUUAUUCCCAUUGUAUGAUGGUCGACGUUCAUUAAAGAAAGUUUUUUAUGGAGUUUUAGGGAAAAGUGACACUGCUUCUCAGUCGUCAUAA